AUGUCGGAUACGCCGGUUGAUAUACCAAAUGAUAAGCAGGCUGUCUCAGAGCUGAGCGGUGCCGUUACUUCCUCAGCGAGUAAAACUGAUACUAAUACAGUCCGGGGUAAACUUUCACAGCUAGUUGGCGAUGCUAUGUCAAGCAAUCCAUAUUUCGCUGCAGGUGGUGGGCUAAUGAUUCUCGGUACGGGAUUGGCUGUGGCGAGGUCAGGUAUAAUAAAAGCCAGCAGAGUGGCGUAUCGACAAAUGAUUGUUGAUUUAGAAAUUCAUUCUAAGGACAAAUCAUAUGCCUGGUUCCUUACUUGGAUGGCCAAGCAUCCUCAAAGGGUGUCUAGACAUUUGUCUGUGAGGACAAACUUUAUACAACAUGACAAUGGAUCAGUCAGCACAAAAUUUUCGUUGGUCCCAGGUCCAGGUAAUCAUUGGAUUCGUUAUAAGGGUGCCUUUAUCUUGAUCAAAAGAGAAAGGUCUGCUAAGAUGAUAGAUAUCGCAAAUGGAUCACCAUUCGAGACCGUGACUUUGACUACGUUAUACAGAGAUAAGCACUUAUUUGAUGACAUUUUAAAUGAGGCCAAAGACAUAGCUUUAAAGACCACGGAAGGAAAAACUGUUAUUUACACUUCGUUUGGCCCUGAAUGGAGGAAAUUUGGUCAACCAAAGGCCAAAAGGUUGCUGCCUUCCGUGGUCUUGGAUAGUGGUGUCAAAGAGGGUAUUCUCGAUGACGUUUAUGACUUUAUGAAAAAUGGGAAAUGGUAUUCCGAUAGAGGCAUUCCAUACCGCAGAGGCUAUCUACUGUAUGGUCCACCCGGAUCAGGUAAGACGAGCUUCAUCCAAGCUUUAGCUGGUGAGUUGGACUACAACAUUUGCAUUCUAAAUCUUUCCGAAAAUAACUUAACGGAUGACAGAUUAAAUCAUUUGAUGAACAAUAUGCCAGAAAGAAGUAUACUCCUAUUGGAAGAUAUUGAUGCAGCAUUCAAUAAGAGAAGCCAAAGUGGCGAAGAGGGGUUCCAUUCGAGUGUCACAUUUAGUGGUUUAUUAAAUGCCUUGGAUGGUGUAACAUCGUCCGAAGAAACGAUUACGUUCAUGACUACCAACCACCCAGAGAAGCUAGAUGCAGCCAUAAUGAGACCGGGCCGUAUUGACUACAAAGUGUAUGUUGGUAAUGCAACACCUUACCAAGUGGAGAAAAUGUUUAUGAAAUUUUACCCCGGCGAAACGGAGAUAUGCAAGAAGUUUGUAGAGAGUAUUACAACGUUGGAUAUCACUGUAAGCACCGCACAAUUGCAAGGACUAUUCGUCAUGAAUAAGGAUGCACCUGAAGAUGCAGUGAAAAUGGUUACCAGCUUACGAAAUUCUAAUCGUAUUUUUUAG